AUGGAGCCGCCUAGUAGCAGCAGGUUCUGGGCUUCUCUCUGGACCUUCAUCAAGUUCCUGCCCUACUUCUGCGGCCUCUUCAUCCUUGGGCUCAUUAAAGGUGUUCUGCUAUGCCCUUGGGCAUGCCUUAUUAUGGCAAUCGGAAUAUCUGCACUAAUUCUUGGGUUAUGGCCUAUGCAUCUGAUUUGGACAUACUACUGCAUCAUCAGCAGAACCAGAAUGGUUGGACCUGUAGUAAAGCUUCUACUUCUUGUUGCUGCCACUGUGAUCAUGUUCUUAUGGUUGAUAGUUGGCAUCCCGGGAAGCGUUUUGGCUGGAUUAUUAUAUGGCUUUCUAGCACCAAUAAUGGCCACAUUCGAUGCAGUUGGAGAAGGCAAAGAAAAUACAUUUGUUCAUUGCUUUGUGGAUGGAACUUGGAGCACUAUUACUGGGAGUUGUACAGUGGUCAGGGAUUUGAAAGACAUGCUUUUCCACUCCUAUUUUUCAAUUAUGGAUGACCUUCGAUUUCAGACACCUCCUGGUGGAAAGCCAUAUGAGAUAAGAUUGCUUGAUAUUCCUGGGGCGUUGUUGUCUGCUGCUUGUGGACUCAUACUGGAUGUAAUAAUGUUCACACUAAUUGCCAUCUACAAGUGCCCUGUGAUGCUUUUCAAAGGGUGGAAACGACUGAUUCAGGAUUUGAUUGGGAGAGAAGGACCUUUUCUGGAGACAGCAUGUGUGCCAUUCGCAGGUCUUGCUAUUCUUCUCUGGCCAUUUGCGGUACUAGGGGCUGUUCUUGCAUCUAUCCUCUCCAGUAUUCCUUUAGGCCUGUUUGGUGCAGUUGUAGCUUACCAGGAAUCCUCUGUAGUCAUGGGACUCUCUUAUGCUGUCUCAUCUGUGUCCAUCUUUGAUGAGUACACGAAUGAUGUACUUGACAUGGCACCGGGAUCUUGCUUUCCAAGGUUGAAAUAUCGGAAACAGAAAAAUGAAGAUUCUUCACAUGGUGGUCACCUAUCUAAGCCAGGCUCAUUCGACAAGGAGAACCAAGAAGGAAAGAAACCUCUAAACCGUGUUACAUCAUUUAAGAACAGCAUGGAUGAGUUCAAUCCAUUCAAGAUGCUGGACCACUUAUUUGCUGAAUGCAAGCGGCAGGGAGAGAUUUUGGUGAACGAAGGAGUGAUAACAAUGAAAGACAUCCAAGAAACGAAGUCAGGCAAAGUUGGCAGUGGGGUUCUUAACGUUGGAUUACCGGCAUAUGUAAUCCUUAAUGCCCUCCUUCGGUCUGCAAAAUCUAACUCUAAUGGCCUAAUCUUGAGUGAUGGUGCUGAGAUUACAUCUGAUAAUAGGCCUAAAAGCACUCUCUUUGACUGGUUCUUCGACCCUCUUAUGAUCAUCAAGGAACAAAUUAAAGCCGAGAAUUUCACAGAAGAAGAGGAAGAAUACCUCAAAAUGCGAGUCCUGAUGGUUGGUGAGCCCAGUAACCUCAAGGGCACUCUUCCUCAUGUGCCAUCACUGAAUGAGCGGAAAAAAGCAGAAAUCGACGCAUUUGCUCGAAGAUUGCAAGGAAUCACAAAGUCGAUAUCGAGAUAUCCUACAUCCAAGCGCCGUUUCGAUGUUCUUGUGAAGUCUCUGUUGUCGGAGCUCGAGAGGACGAUGGGUGGCAGCUUGCCUGCCAAUGGAUCCCAAGCGUUAAGGUUGAGAGGCGGUAUUGCCCGAAUGCUUAGCCAGAAAUCCGUUGGGAAGACGGCAAACAUCACGGAUGAAGAUCCAGAAGCGCAAGUAACAAGGAAGGCUCGCACCCCGUGA